AUGACAAGCAAAAUCAUCAUUCACCAUCUCCGUCGCUCGCAAUCCGAGCGAGUAAUCUGGCUCUGUGAGGAACUAGGCCUUCCCUAUGAACUGAAAAGCUACAAUCGACAACCUCCCUUCCUUCUCGCGCCCAAGGAGUAUCGACAGCUCCAUCCCGCAGGCACCGCUCCGGUAAUUGAAGAUGGGCCAGUUAUUCUCGCAGAGUCGAAUGCCAUUUUCGAGUAUAUUCUCAGCAAAUACGGCAAUGGGCGAUUGGUCUUGCAGCCAAACCACCCAAACUACGCGGACUACAUUUUCUGGCUGCACCAUACCAACGGAAGCCUCGUGCCUGCUUUUAUGGGGAUCAUGAUGGGCCAGUAUUCUAAAAAGCCUCAGAAAGAUUCACGGCCCAAUAUCAACCAGGAACGAUUUGAUCGCAGUUUGUCUGCUCUGGAGAAGCAAUUAGGCAGGUUUUCAUACGUUGCUGGGAACCAGUUUACUGCAGCCGACAUCAUGCUCCUAUUUCCCCUGACCACUGGGAGGUUGUUCGCGCCGUAUAAUUUUGAUGUGUAUCCGAAUAUUGUUUCAUAUCUCCAGCGUGUUGGUCGGCGUGACGCAUAUCUUCGCGCAAUGGAGAAAGGAGACCCUGGGUUCGAGCCCCUGCUUGUAGCGAAUUCUCCCCAACGGAGCGUACUUUGA